UUCUUGAGUCUUGCUUUCCGUUCGCUCAUGUCUCGCGGCUGUUCAGAAAUUUUUCGUUUUCUCAAUCUCAAGACUGGUUUCCAUCGAUUUUGGUUUCGUCGGAAAUAGGUAUCUUCCACCUUGUCGAAUUGAAACGGGAAAAGUUCUUCUCAUCACUUGCACGCGCGUAUUCGAAGUUCGACUUCGCAAGAGAGGAUAUCAGUAUAUCUGUGUCGCUGUAACGGAGAGAAGUGUGUGAACAUUUCCAAUUUCGAUUCAGUCGCAUUUGAAUGCGUUUCUGAUUGACCCGGCGCAAUCAAUCAAGCGGUUGGUUGUUCGGAUCGAAGAGAUGAAGAAGGUCUCGUGGAAUCUCGAGGGAACGUUUGAUCGUAUGGCGGCCACCGGGUCCGAUCUGCGGAGCGUAAUUGUUUUAAGAUACUGUCGGUCGAGGAUUGUUCGUCGAGAGUUGUUCAGUGCGCCCGACAGACUCAAGUCCGUAUAAAUGAACAGUAAUCGGCGUCCGCGCGUUUCGCUAGAUCGCAAGGGGCGAGGGCAUUUCGAAAGGCAUAUUUCCCUCCUUCGCGGCUGGCAGCGAGUCAUCAGCUGACUUGUUUUCAUCAUUGAUUCACCGUCAACUGACAAGGUUGUGUUGUCUACACGAUUCUCUGUUGCCGAUCCUCGGCUGCCGCUCCCACCACCGUUCGAUCGACAGUGUUUUGAAGACAAUAAUCGGUACACAAUUGUGAAAAAGAAAUCGUAUAUCCUCGUUAUGUCGCCGAUGGACAACAGAAAGGUAAUGGGAUCGUCGGUUAACGCGGAUCUUAAAGUGCUUUGCUUCGUCCGCCGUGUAGAGGAGGUGGUCCGUUAGUUAAGUUUGUCUUAACCUAUGGAAGUCGAGGAUAGAGCGGUUCAUACUGUAAUACUUGUUUCCUGUGAUUUUUUUUUUUUUUUUUUCUCUUCACACCCCCCUUUUUUCUCAGUGGUGGUGAAAUUCGAAAUUGAAAUUAUAUAAUAUUGUCGUAGAAUUUCUGAAUAGUCAUGGCUCCUGUGUGUCGCCACUGGAGACUGUGGAUUUUGCCAGUUUCAGCUGGUCUCUACGCUGUGUCAAUAGUUAGCUUGGUACCGAUCCUAUUGGCCACCUCGACGUGGGCCAGCAGCAAGAAGAAAAAUCAAGCGGCUCUAAUUGGCGGUGCUUUCGUCCUCCUUACAUUGCCAAUCGCGUUGUACGAGAUCGUCCAGCAUAUGAUACAUUACACGCAUCCUGGACUGCAGAAACACGUUAUAAGAAUAUUAUGGAUGGUACCAAUUUACGCAGGGAACGCUUGGCUCGGCCUGAUGCUCUCAAAGGGUGGCAUAUACGUUGACAAUUUGAGAGAGUACUACGAGGCGUAUGUGAUUUACAAUUUUAUGAUGUAUUUACUGGCCUACGUGAAUGCGAGACCCGAGGAGAGACCCGACGAGAGAUCGUACGAGGAGAGAGCCAUCGACGAGAGAACCCACGAGGAGAUACUCGAUCAGGAGAGACCUGACGAGGAGGGACUCGAUGAGGAGAAAUCCGACAAUGAGAGACCCAAUGAGCAGAAACCGAACGAGAGGUCCAAAUCCCUCCAGAUGCAUCACUCGUUCCCGUUUUGUUGCUUACACGAUUGGGAGAUGGGCAGGGAGUUCGUACACAAGUGCAAGCACGGAAUACUGCAAUAUACCGCUGUCAGGUCUCUGACGUCAUUGAUAUCUUUUAUCUGUGAUCUGAACGGAGUGUACGGGGAGGGUGAAUUUCGGACGGACGUAGCUUUUCCAUAUCUGGUUGCUGUAAAUAAUUUGUCUCAGUUCGUUGCCAUGUACUGUCUGGUGCUUUUCUACCGUGCCAACGCCGAAACGUUGAAACCAAUCAAACCGAUCAGGAAGUUUUUCUGUAUCAAAGCGGUUAUAUUCUUCUCUUUCUUGGCCAUGUGGGACGUGUCGGACGUUCAUAAUGACAUAAAAGAGCAUUUUGAUGUACUAAGGUCCUCGUUAGGCCGCAGGGUACGCGGCAGAAGUGCCUCUGCACAGGGCUGGAGAAUGGUGACCGAACGCACGUCCCUUCUCCCGGAGACUUCGGGGACCACGGGCGGUGACGAGCCAUCGUGUUCCUUCUCCAAUACUGGGGAGACGGAAGAGGAUGAGCUCGGUGUCUUCCACUCACUUCCGUACGUGGACAAUACCAAAAACACGGUUAGCGUGUAAUCCCUGUUGUCGGGGAAGCCUCCUCAUCCCCUUACAGUCCAACGUUUUAGUUGAGAAAGAAAGAAGGAGAGAGAGUGAGAGACUAAAGAGACUAAGAGAACGUUGAACGAAAAAACGUGGCGUUCUUCCCUCCCGUGUACUAUGUUAAUCUGUCGUCCGGGAAUCGUUUGAGUAUAGCGCGCGCCUAUAGUACGCGGGAGAGACGACGCGAGUUAGAGUGAAUUCCCUAGGGGAUGUUAUCCGACAUGGACGGCUAUGUUUGCAACACACACGAGACAAAAAUCGCCGUUUUAUUUCGUCCAUUUCACGUCCAAACGCUUUUUUCCUCGAUUUACGGCCAAUUAUGCGCUUCGUGUUACCAAUGAUGUAUUACCAAAUGAUUGUUCGUAUAUAUAUUUAUAUAUAUAUAUACAUAAUGUUCAUUGUUGAUAACAAUAUAUCGGUGCAGUCCUAUUUAUAAAAAAAAAAAAAAGAAAAAAAAAAGGAAAAAAAAGUGUUGCGCUAUUAUUUGCCGGCUUAUCAACCCCAACA